UGAAGCAACCGCGUUCGAAAACAAACAAGAUAAACAUCGCGUGUGCAAACAGCCAUGGCCCAAAGCAUAACCAAUUCUUUUAUGGCAACAAUAAAUAUUUGGUAAAGCUACUUCUACUACUUUUUUUCUCUCAAAUUUCAAUCAAUCCAUUUCCUACCAAGUUGCCGAAUCAGUUAGUUUGUGAGUGCGCUUAACAAUCCAAGGUUAAUAACAAUGGGAGACAAUGAUGAUAAUCGGGACAAAGGGUUAUUUUCACAUCUUGCUGGAUAUGCUGCUGGACACUAUCCACGGCCACAUGGGGCAUACCCUUAUCCUCCUCCUCCUGGUGCAUAUCCUCCUGCAGGUUAUCCUCCUCCUGGCGGAUAUCCACCAUCUGGGUAUCCUCCGCCUGGUGGAUAUCCUCCUUCUGGGUAUCCUUCUCCAGCUGGAUACCCACCGGCACCGCCACCAGGAUAUCCGCCACAUGGUGGAUAUCCUCCUGCUGGUUAUCCUGGUCCCUCAGGUCACCAUCACUCGGGGCAUGGACCUCCAAUGGGUGCAUUACUAGCUGGUGGUGCUGCAGCAGCGGCUGCUGCAUAUGGGGCUCACCAUCUGGCACAUGGUGCACACCAUGUUGGUCAUGGUGGGUAUUAUGGUCAUCAUCAUCAUCAUCAUGGGAAGUUUAAGCAUGGGAAAUUUGGAAAGCAUGGAUUCUAUGGAAGGCACAAGCACAAGUUCAUGGGGUUCAAGAGAUGGAAGUGAUUUGUGUGUCUUGGGAUUUGUUUCUUCCAUUCUGUGUUGCUGCUUUCUCCAGGAUCACUGUGUUUUAUUGGUUUGGUUGAAGAAUUUUUUGAAUAAUUUGGAAACUAAAUUCAGCGUGUAUAUAAAUACAUAUAGCUAGAUUUCAGCGUGCAUUUUUCUCUAUAUAGUUUAAGAAUUUGGUCACUUUGCUGUCACUUAGCUUGUUUAUGCAGAUUUGGUUUUUGGUACUUACGGAUGUUAGUAACACUAUCCUUGUGUUAGUAUUUCCUAUCUCCCUCAUGAGAAAAAUAAAUAACCAGAGACUUCUUGCCUA